CCGAGCAAAGGUCCCUCCGGCCCGCCCCCUCCCGCCGAGCCCCCGCCCCCAGCCCGCCCCGCGGGGCUCAAAACCGUAGGCCGGCGCGGGGCGCCGAGUGCGCGGUUGCGGGGACGCGGCGGCGACGGCGCGGGCAGGUAAUCUGGAGCUCUCAUAAUGUUUGCCAAAGCAACGAGGAAUUUUCUUAAAGAAGUUGAUGCCGGAGGUAACCUGAUUGCAGUAUCAAACUUGAAUGACUCUGAUAAGUUACAACUUCUAAGUCUGGUGACCAAAAAGAAGAGAUUCUGGUGCUGGCAGAGACCCAAGUACCAGUUUUUAUCUGUCACCCUUGGAGAUGUACUCACAGAAGACCAGUUUCUGAGUCCAGUGGUCGUGGAGUCGGACUUUGUGAAAUAUGAGGGCAAGUUUCAAAACCACGUGAGCGGGACCAUUGAGACGGCACUAGGGAAGGUCAAGCUGAAUGUUGGAGGCAAAGGACUUGUGGAAAGUCAGUCUUCUUUUGGAAGCCUGAGGAAGCAGGAGGUGGACCUGCAGCAGCUCAUCAGAGAUUCCACUGAGAGAGCCAUAAAUCUGAGAAAUCCGGUGCUGCAGCAGGUGCUGGAGAGGAAGAGUGAGAUCCUGUGUGUCCUGACCCAGAGGAUAGUGACGACGCAGCCGUGUGUGAUAUCGGAGCACAUUCAGAUAGAGGAGAAGUGUGGCGGCAUGGUGGGGAUCCAGACCAAGACGGUGCAGGUGUCUGCAAAGGAGGACGGGAGCAUCACCAAGGACACCAACGUGGUGCUGGAGAUCCCGGCUCCCACCGCCAUCGCCUAUAGCGUCAUCGAGCUGUACGUGAAACCGGAUGGCCAGUUCGAAUUCUGCCUUGUACGAGGGAAACACGGUGGCUUUGAGCUUGAGAGAAGUGGCUCAGUCUUCAUGGACCCUCUGCCCUUUCAAGUCUGCCUUGUACAAGGGAAACACGGUGGCUUUGAGCUUGAGAGAAGUGGCUCGGUCUUCAUGGACCCUCUGCCCUUUCAAGAGUUUGCAUUUGGGGACAUGCCAGAUGCUGCACAAGGACCGUCUGCCCUGGAUUGGCCGUUGAGUGUUUUAAAACAAGCCACUUUGCUCCUGGAGCAGAACUUCCGUCCCUUUGCAGAGCUGCCGGCACAGCAGCAGUCGGCGCUGAGCCAUGUCCUCCAGGCCGUCCUGUCUGAUGAAGAGCUACUCAGGGCCCUGGAGCAAGUGUGUGAGGAUGUGGUCAGUGGCCUGUCAUCCCCACUGGCAACACUGGGGGAGCUGAAGCCCCCACAGCAGCAGGACCUCACAGCUUUCCUAUGCUUGGUCGGGUACAGAGUGCAGGGUGGGUGUCCAGGCCUGGAGGAUGCAGUCAGCAACCAGAAGCUCUUUUCUACAGCCUACUUCCUGGUCAGUGCACUAGCAGAAAUGCCAGAUAAUGCAGCAGCUCUGCUGGGUGCUUGCUGUAAACUCCAGAUUAUUCCUUCGCUGUGUCACUUGCUCCGUGCUCUCUCUGAUGAUGGAAUAUCUGAUCUUGAAAACCCAGACUUGGCUCCUCUGAAGGAUAUGGAAAGGUUUAUGAUUGUGCAGCGUUUGUUUGCCUCAGCUGACAUGAACCUGGAGAGACUGCAGUCAUCUGUUAAAGUUGUCACCCAGAAGGACCCUAACAUUUUCCCACUAAUUCUUUAUAUAAGCCUAAAUGGACUCUGUGCUUUAAGCAGAGCACAUUAAUAGCAUCAUAUGUGAAUUACAAAUAUGUAUUAUCAGCCAAGGCUGGGUAUUUUCCAGCAUUGUUAAGAUACUACUGAGUUUAGCCAUUAGGUACUCUAUAAACAGUUUUUCAUAAAAGGCCUAUGCUGGUGACCCUGUGUCUAAAUUAGAUUCUAGCAUCUGAAGAGCUAGAGGAUGGUUGAGAAUUCUAAGCCAGUGUACAGAUUUUUUUCACAGAAAAAAUGGGUCCAUUUAUUUCUUUCUGCUAUACAAAAACAGCUGAAUAUGACACUUUGAUCCAAAAAUUAAUUUUAAGUCGUGAAUGCUAUAGGAAGACAAUUAAUAGAAGAGUCUGUGUUAUAGAUGUGUUGAUUGACAAAUGAACUGUAAAUGCCAUUAUAGUACAUAUACUCUGCUAAACAAAAUUACACUAUUCUAGUAGCAGGAUCCCCUUCCUUAGGGGUCUAGCUAUAGACAUUUUUGUAUGCAUUUUUUUUUUUUUGUAUUGCAUUUUUUUUUGUAUGCUAUGUCUAGAACAAUGCUGAUUUCUCAUGCAUUCUCGAUUUUUAAUUUAUAAAAUACUAUAUACUGUAUCAAAGGGAACUGUGUAUAUUUUACAUUCUGUUUGAAAUUCUUCUAUAAAUAACUUGGAGUGUUUCUCUAGUGCCUCUGAUUCCAUUGCCACCAACUACUGGGGACCUGAAACCACUUUUCCUUAGCAAAAAGUAGCUAAGACUUCCUCUUAGAAUUAGUCUUACCUUAGGAGCAGGGAGGAUAGAAGUAGCAGUUGUUGAAAGAUAAAUGUGUUACUCAGCACAUUUUUUUUUAACCUCAACAUCGUCUAUUUCUCUCUUUUCUGCUCUUCAGAUUUUAAUGAGCAUUAACAUGGAAGAAAUGAAACAAAAUAACCCUUUCAUCACCUCAAAAAUAAGACUAAAUCUUAUGGAAAUACUUCCAAUACAUGAAAAAAAAGGAGAGUUGUACACUGUGUGGCAACAACAGAAAAAGCACCUUAUAACUAACUGGAAAGGAAUCUGCCAAAGUGAAUAGUUGUGCUACAACAGUGGCACUAUACAUGCCUUUUUGUCUUUCUGAAAUAAGUUUUAUAAACAAAAAAAUUGAUGGCAGAUUUUCUAAGAACCUACUUGUGUAAACAUAUAGCUACACAUGUAUCACAAGGCAGUGGGAAGCUCCUUUAAGAGUCUAAAAGAAACUGGACUGUGAUUCCUUUGAGGAGAGGAUUUAGAAGUUGGGACAAGAGGCUGGGGUGUUACCCUUCUAUUCCUGAUAUAAUUUUGUAUAUAUUAACCUCUU